UGGAACUGUGAGAGAAGGAGAAGAGAAGAAAGGAUCAGAUUUGACUCAUCAAAAAAUCGACCAACAGAGUGACACAGAAGGAAUGGAUGAGGACUCUGCGAGUGACCAGAGUUUUGAUCCCAGCGAUUCUGAUUGGGAGCCCAUACUGCCAAGGUGCAAAUCCCCCACUGAAGCUGGUCCAUCCGCCCGGCCAUCAAGAGGUGUGGAGCCGGUGACAAAGAAGCGGAGGAAGGGAAGUGUGGAACCUGCUGGCAGUGCGGAGGAGGGUCGUUGGCACUCUGUGCUGGAGGAGGAUGUGGCUCCACCGCCUCCAAUUUUCAGACCAAAGAGGCCACCAGGUCCUCAGCUGGCCAUGACCUCUAAGUACAGCCCCAUGCAACUUUUUCAGUUGUUUUUCACCUCAGCAGUUGUUGAUUCCCUGGUGUUGAACACUAAUAAGUACGGAGCUAAGAAGCAGGAACGCAAGAAAGAGACAUGGAAGCCCAUUUCCAGGUCAGAUCUUUUUUGUUACUUUUCUAUGGUCAUUUACAUGGGUGUUGUGAAGCUAAAAACCCUGAAGGACUACUGGAAAUCUGCACCCCUCUAUCAACUGCCUUUCCCAUCCACUGUCAUAUCAUGCAAAAGGUUUCUGACAAUCUCAGGGGCGCUUCAUAUCAGUGACCCAGAAGUUGAUAAGGACAACGAGACGAAACGAGGCACGGCAAGGUUUGAUAAGCUCUGCAAAAUUAAACCUCUCUACCUCGACAUCAUUGAGGCCUGCAAAACCUAUUUUCAGCCUGCCCAGAACCUUUCCAUAGAUGAGAGGAUGGUAGCCUCAAAGGCCAGAAAUGGCCUAAAACACUACAUGCAUAACAAACCGACUAAAUGGGGUUACAAACUGUUUGUUUUGGCCGAUUCUGCGUGUGCAUACACGUGCAAUUUUUUUGUCUAUGAGGGGAAGAACAGUUGUGCGACCGGUAAGAGACUGAGCUAUGACUCCGUUAUGCAGUUAUUAGAUUUUCAGCUGCUAGGGAAGGGCUACAAACUGUUUGUGAAUAACUUUUACACAAGCCCUACCCUGUUCACAGACCUGAGGAAGCUGGAUGUGUGGGCCUGUGGCACCAUUCGGACCAACAGAGUGGGCUUUCCGAAAACCAGGGUGAACGACAUGCCUAAGCAGGCUGAGCGGGGUACCAUGAGAUGGAUCCGUGAAGAUGGCCUGCUGUUUGUGAAGUGGAUGGACACCAGAGAGGUGGCGAUGUGCUCCACUAUCCACAAGUCCUUCAGUGGUGAUCACGUCGUCAGGCGUGUGAAGGACGCUUCAGGGGCAUGGACCACCAAAAAUGUCCCCAUUCCUGCAGCCAUCAAGGACUACAACAAGAGCUUCCUAAAUGGGCAAAUGCUUUGCGCCCUGGGAGGAGUGGGCCCCUAA